CGAUUUGGCUUCAUUCGUUUCGCGGCAUUCUCAGCUGGAGCUACAGUUCCCAAAUCCCGCUUCCGUUAACCCCCCUUCGUUCCCACACAGCUGUACAGCCUGAACGGGCAGUUCGGUUGCUAACAACGCGUACCCAAAUUUAACAUCGACGUGCGGCUCAAUCACAAUAACAAGCUGCCAAAAUGGCUGUUAUUCCCUGCUUUUAUGUGCCGAAGCGCGUGAAUGUGGCCAUAAUGUUGUUCAUGAUUUGUCUGGUCAAUUAUAUGAUGCGGGUUAAUCUGUCGAUCAAUAUUAUUGCAAUGGUUGAGGAGCGAGAUGAGAAUGGCACAGUCGUUGAAAAGCCGGAUUUUGGCACGCGCUACGAAUGGUCACAAAAGGAUCAGGCAUUGCUCUUGGGUGGAUAUUUUUAUGGUUACAUGAUCACCUCGCUGCCAGGUGGCACGAUAGCCGAGAUGCUUGGCGGACGCAAUGUGGCAGGCUUCACUUGCAUGGCGGCUGCGAUAUUGACGGCCUUAACACCUCUGGCCGCUUCCUGGGAUAAAUAUGCGGUGUUUGUUGUGCGAUUUCUGAUUGGUCUGCUUACGGGCGUGGUUUAUCCAUGCUGCCACAAUUUGGUAUCAAAGUGGUCGCCACCAGAUGAGAAGGGCAAAUUUGUUGCCUCAUUGAUGGGUGGCACAUUUGGCACCGUCAUUACUUGGCCACUUUGUGGCGUGAUCAUUGAGAAACUUGGCUGGGUCUGGGCCUUCUAUAUAGUUGCCAUCAUAGUGCUUGUGAUUGUGGGACUUUGGUUCUAUUUGGUGUCCGAUACGCCAGCACAGCAUAAGACCAUUAGUCUCAAGGAGAAGGAGUUCAUUGAAAACAGUCUUGGCAACACAGUGGGCAACAAGCCGAAAUGGCCUCCAUACAGGCAACUGGUUGUCUCUCUGCCCUUCUGGGCCCUGACACUGCUGCAUUACGGCAGCAUGUGGGGUCUGUUCUUCCUUCUGACCGCCACGCCCAAGUUCUUGAGCGAAGUGCUGGGCUUCGAUUUAAGCUCAGCCGGAUUCCUGGCCAGCUUGCCGCAUAUUGCCCGUCUCUUGGCCGCCUUUGGUUUUGGUGCCAUUGCCGAUUGGAUACGCCGCAAGGGCUGGUGGGGUAUGACAUUCACGCGAAAGGCUUUCUGCUUGCCAUCUCACAUAUUGCCAGGCAUAUCGCUCGUCCUUUUGGCCUUCUUUGGUCGAGAUCCAUAUGUGUGUGUGGCCAUAAUGACCAUCUCGUUGGGCUUUAAUGGCGCUGCCACUGCCUCCAAUUUGGCCAACUCUCAAGAUCUUGCUCCCAACUUUGCGGGUACCUUGUACGGUAUUAUUAAUUGUCUGGGCACGACACCAGGAUUCUUCUCACCAUUGAUUGUGGCUGCAUUUACCUCACAAACGAAUACCAUCGAUGAUUGGUUCUGGGUAUUCAUAAUCGGUGCCGGCGCCUAUAUUUUGCCGGCCCUAUUUUUCUGGGUCUUCGGCUCAGGAAAGAUACAGAAAUGGAAUGAGGUGGCAACCAGCGAACCGAGAGAGGAUGUUGUAAACACAAAGUUGUAAUUUGUGUCUUGGAAAUUGGCUGUGAUGUUGUAGUAAUAAUGCCAUAUAAUUAUGAACAAUUUUUGUUUGUAUAUGUA